AUGGGCGCCCAGAUGGACACCUUCGCCGCGCGCCUGGCGUCUUUUGACGCCACUGUGCCCUCAAUCAAGUCCAGGGCUUCGACUACCUCGCGCACCAUCCAACCGAUAGCAUGGCCAUACGAUUCGCCGUCGCCAGAGCAGCUCGCUGAUGCUGGAUUUUUCUUUAACCCAUACGACACAAACCCCGACAACACGACGUGUUUCCUGUGCAGGCGCGCCUUGGACGGCUGGGAGGACGGCGAUAACCCAGUCGAGGAACACCUGAAGCACUCGCCCGAUUGUGGCUGGGCCAUUAUGAUGUUUAUUCAGCAGAACACUUCCAAACCUUCCGAGAUUGAAGAUCCCACGCUCCCGUCCGUUGCAGAGGCUCGAAAAGCAACGUUUUCGGUAGGCUGGCCUCACGAUGGUAAACGCGGUUGGCUCUGCCAGUCCGACAAGAUGGUCGAAGCGGGCUGGUACUUCUGUCCUAGUGACGAUAGCCCGGACUUGGCUAGCUGCCCGUACUGCAAGCUAUCACUGGAUGGCUGGGAAGAAACCGAUGAUCCAUUUGAGGAACACCAUCGCCGCUCAUCGACCUGCUCAUUCUUCGUUUUCGCACUUCCUGCCGCCAAGUCAACGAAGAAAGGAACCCGAGCGAAAAAACCACGCGUUUCAAAAGCGUCGCGACUCUCUACACAAUCCGUUAUGACGACGACAUCAGAAGCUCCUGUUGAGGACGACCAAAUGGACGUAAGCGUUAUGUCGCAGGCGACAGCUAAAAAGGGCAAAGCGGGAAAGAGAUCCACCAAGCCAAAAUCGAAAAAGUCCAAGAAGACAGACACUGUGGACGUCACUGCAGACGAGGCAGAUAUUGCCGAAGAACAAUUUGCUGAAGCUGAGCCUGUGGAGGAUAAGUCACCCGAACCGGCUAAGCCUAAGCGUGCGACUCGAGGCAAAAAGCGAGCGAGUGAAGCUAUCUCUCAGGACACAACUGCAGAGUCGCAACAUGAGGAACCGUCUCCAAAGAGGAGGGCCACCGCAAUCCGAAACAGCGCAGUGUCGCAGUCUGUAGCUGCAGAACAAGAUGAUGUAGAAGAGGCGCCUAUUGAGGAACCUAGCCCUAAACCCCCCGCCAAGAAAGGCCGCAAGGGUGCCAAGAAGGCUGGAAGUACGAAGACGCGUAAAGCAUCUACCGCAUCUGCUACUACGAAGAUGGCAGCACACAUUGCCCGGGACGAAUCUGUUCUAGACGCUGCUAUUGAGGAAGAUCAUGAUCGAACCUUGCAAAAUUCGGAGCCUUUUGAGUUCCAGUACAAGGAUGAAAAAAGGGAGAGCGCCAGAUUUGGGAAACAAUCUAUAUCUGCCUCGACUGCCAGCGCACAAAAUCCCGGCAGCAGUGUUUUGGGCGAGGAAACCGUGGACGAGCAAGAGCAACAACCCGAACAACUUCCUGAAGAUGAACUUGACCCGGCUCUCGACACAGAAUCCAUCGUCGAAGCACCUGUUGAACCCAAGACUAAGAAAGAGUCUAAACGCAAGCCUACUACUAAGAAACCCAAAAAGGGCAAGGCUUCUGUUCAGCCUGAACCUGAACUCGAAGAUGAGCCUGAACCUAUGCAACUGGAGCGGGACCAUACCCCUGAGGAGGAGUAUCUCGAGGAACAUCCUUACACUGCUAGCGAAAAAGACGAACUUGAAUCAAGCCCGGCCCAAAAAUCAUCUGUUUUCGCGGAGAUACCAGUCGAGGAGCCUCGACCAGCGUCGAAACAAGGGAAAAAGCAAGGCAGAAAACAGGCUACAGACAAAGCAAAAAGGUCGACAAAGACAACCGAGACUGAGAAAGAACCUGUGAGCAGAGCUUCUUCUGUUGACGCUAGCGAUGAACUGGCCAACCUUUCACUCAACCAUACCGAAUCUAAAUCGACAACACGCAAGAACGCUCGGAAGCGCAAGUCACAAGAAGAAGAGGAAAUCGAAAUUGCGGACGAACAUGAAAUUCCUGUGGAGAAUAAACUGCAAGAAGAUAAAGCUCACCCUGCUCAAACAAAACUCAAACGUGGACAUCUAUCCAAAGACGCUGAAGAUCGUGGUUUAGAAAUAGAGCAGCAUAGUAAGCCAAAGGCCAAGCGAGGACGACCAGCAAAACAAUCUCAGAAACAACUACCGGAGCCCCAGCAACAACGAAAACAAACCAUAGAGAAUGCCGAAGAGCAAGAGGACGGACCGGAACAGAAUGCUUAUGAAGAUCAGACCUUGACACAAUCAUCAACGGCCAUUGAAGAUCAUGCACAAGACGUCGUACCAAAGACAGAGGAUCAGCCAAAGCGAGGACGGCCGGCGAAAUCAAAGGCGCCGUCCAAGGCCGCCAAGGAGCAAGAAGACGAAUUGCAACGAAAUAUGGAUGAAGAUAACAAACCAGAGGUCGUGUCACAAGCUAAGGAACAGCCAAAACGAGGACGACCGUCUAAAUUGAAGGCUCCGCCCAAGACUGCGCAGCGCUAUAGUGACCUUCCCCAAGACACGCACCGUGCACAAAGUUUCAUCGAAUCAGUGGCACAGAGCUCACCUCCGCAGAGCAGCGAAGGCGUGAUACCCGGUAGUGGCACACAAGAGAGAACCCCUUCACUGUCCCCUCAAUCAUCUGAUGCAGAAAAUCAGCCACCUUCUGCUAGACCGCCUUCUGCGAGGCCGCCUAUUUUCUCACCGGCGAAGACGCAGACGACAAGAGUUCCUCUCGCUACGAGUACCCCGACUCUAUCGCCCUCAAAACGCCAGCUCAAAACGGGGAAUUUGUCCUCGACACAUUCGUGGAAGCCGUCUGAUAUCGAGCAACUUCUUCUAGACAGUUUGGCAGACAAGGAAAAUCGUGGCUUUACCGGUUCUCUGAAUAUUAGCAAACAAAUGUUGACCAGUCCAGAGAUGAAAAUGACAGUGGAUGAGUGGAUCAAGUUUAACGCGAAAGACGGCGAAGAGAAGCUAAAGCUUGAAUGCGAACGGCUUAUUGGCGUCUUCGAGAAAGAGGGUGGCCGGGCCAUGAGAGCGUUGGAAGGGCUUGAGUGCGUUGAAUAA